UGUAGACAAUAUUAUUUCCACUUGAUAAGAUCAAAAUAAUGUAAUAAGUUAACAAUGCAUUUCCAGAAAUAUAUAAUUAGGAUAAUAGAUACAAAUUUAUAAAAACUGUGAGAAAUUUUUUAUAAUAAAAUGAAGAAAUUGAACUUUCUACAUUAUUAUAUAGAGGAUAUAUAUGUUAAUUAGCAAAAUUAUAUGUAAAAGAAUUUGGAGCUUUUUAUUUUUCUCAAAAAUUAUUGAAUAAAAACAACCAUUUUGAUAUAAAAGCAGAUCCAGUUAAACACUCUUUUUAUAACUUUUAUUAUUCAUUUGCUAUUGGAUCUUUUGUAGAAAUAUUUGCGUUUCCUUUAGAAAAAGCUAAAACAAUAAUGAUAAUGGAUUCAGAUCCAGAUUAUGAAAAAUAAAAAUAUAGAUCACCUAUUACUCCUUUCAUAUAACAAGCAGAAAAUAAUAAAUAUGGAUAAUUUACAGGAUUUGGAAUUUCAAUGUUAGGAGCGGCUAUUUAUAGAGGCAUUUAAAUCGGAUUAUAUGAAACUUUAAUGAAUUUGGGUUUAAAAGAUUAUGGAUGGUAUUUAUAGUUACCUACAAGUGUUUUAGCGACAAUUAUAGGAUAAAAAGUAGCUUAUCCUUUUGAUACUUUAAGACGAAAGUUGUUUUUACAAGGAACUGAUUUCGAAGUAGAAAAAAUCUUUAAUGAUUGGAUGGGAAUGAUGGAAAAUAAAAAUAACAUAUAUAAUUGA